CGGGGGCGGGAGGUGCGCGAGGUGAGGGAAGUGUGGGGGGCGUGGGCUGCGGGAUCCUGCGCCCGCUCCGUCUUGAGCUCCAGCUCCGGUUUUUCCCUCCGCCAUCCUCUCCCCCUCCUCUCCUCUAUUUUAACUCCCCCCUCCUGGGCUCGGGACUGGUUUCCUCCCUUAGCCCGCUGCCCUCAAUCCCGGCGAGGCUGGGGCUCCGGCUCGGUGCCCCCUUCCUCGCUCCCUCGCCCGGUGCCCCAUGUCACCCCCGCCCCGGCCCCCGGCUCCCCGAGUCCUCCACUUAGGCCCGCUUACAAAUCCCGGGGUGCUGGAGCGUGGGCCGGGGGUGCAGGGCGCCUGCAGAUCGCCCUUGGAAGGGUGUUGUGGGCUGAGCGUUCUGUAGCAGGGGCGCCAGCAGAGCAGGAAGCGGGUCCGUGAGGGAGCGGGGGGCACCAGCCACCCGGGUGGUCGGAGCAGGAUAGCUAGGGCAGCGAAGGCAGUCACCCCAGGGGGUGAGCGACUUUGGGGCAGUUGGUGCCCCGCCCCCCAGGCCUUGGCGGGGUCAUGGGGGCCCCCCAUUCUGGGCCGGGGGGCGUGCAAGUCGGGGUCCUGCUGCUGCUCGGUUUCCUGGGGCUGGUGUCCGGGCUCAGCCUGGAGCCUGUCUACUGGAAUUCAGCGAAUAAAAGGUUCCAGGCAGAGGGCGGUUACGUGCUCUACCCACAGAUUGGGGACCGCCUAGACCUGCUGUGCCCCCGGGCCCGGCCUCCUGGCCCCCACUCUUCUCCUAAUUAUGAGUUCUACAAGCUGUACCUGGUUGGGGGUGCCCAGGGCCGGCGCUGUGAGGCACCCCCUGCCCCAAACCUCCUUCUCACUUGUGACCGGCCAGACCUGGAUCUCCGCUUCACCAUCAAGUUUCAGGAGUAUAGCCCUAACCUCUGGGGCCAUGAGUUCCGCUCACACCAUGAUUACUACAUAAUUGCCACAUCAGAUGGAACCCGGGAAGGCCUGGAGAGCUUGCAGGGAGGUGUGUGCCUCACCAGAGGCAUGAAGGUGCUUCUCCGAGUGGGACAAAGUCCCCGAGGAGGGGCUGCCCCCCGAAAGCCUGUGUCUGAAGUGCCCAUGGAGAGAGACCGAGGGGCAGCCCGCAGCCUGGACCCUGGGAAGGAGAACAUGCCAGGUGACCCCACCAGCAAUGCAACCUCCCGGGGUGCUGAAGGCCCCCUGCCCCCUCCCAGCAUGCCCGCAGUGGCCGGGGCAGCGGGGGGGCUGGCGCUGCUCUUGCUGGGCGUGGCAGGGGCUGGGGGUGCCAUGUGUUGGCGGAGACGGCGGGCCAAGCCUUCGGAGAGUCGCCACCCUGGUCUGUUCCUCUUCCCUAGCAUCCCCUUCCCUACCUCUCCUUUUGCCCUCUUGGAUUCUUAUCCUAUGCCUCUCCCAUCUCCUGGGUGGGGGCCUCAAAGCAUUCCUCCCCUCAGCUCCCUCUUCUGACCUCUUACCAACCACUUGCCUCAGUCUGCCAAAAAUGGGAGCCUUAGGGGAAGGCUCUGGCACUCCACCCGACUCGGGGCAUGGGCAGUAGGGUCUCCUCCUCUGCCCCGCCCAGGCCUUUACAUACUUACUUCAGCCAUUUUGGGUGGUUGGGUCACGACAGCUACCACGAGAAGAAGUGUCCUGUUUGACCAGUGGCCAAUGGCAAGAUAUGAACCAGUCGGGACACAUGUGGAUUUGGUCUGAUGCUGAAUAGGCCACUUGGGACAGGAAGUGACUUGCUCCAGACAAGAAGUGACCAGGCCUGGACAGAAGUGGCUUGGGAAGUGGCAGAAGCAGUGCAGCAGGAACUGGAAGUGCCUUCAUCCAGGACAGGAAGUAGCACUUCUGAAAUAGGAAGUGGUCUGGCUGGAACUCAAAGUGGCUUAGUCUCGGGGUGGGGAGAGGUGGGUGGUUCUUACAAUGUAGAGAAGGGGGAGCAGGAUGAACUUCCUGUUUCAGGAGGAAGCUGGAACUUACUUGACUGUAAGAAGAGAGGGUGGGCUGAGGAGGGUUUUCCCAGUAUUCAGUGGCCCUUCCCAGGAUCUCCCUGCCCUUGUUCUCUGUGCUGCUUGUAGGACAGCUAAGUUGACUGCCAUCUGCUGUGGCAGGCCCAAUGUGUCUUGUUCUUCCCUUUCCAUACCCCAGUAUAAUCUCUGUUAAUCAACAGCGCUACCCCAGAAACCCACAUGUUGUCCCAGUAACCUAGUUGGCUGUCUUGUUCAUCACCUCCUCCACUUCCUACUCCCUCAAACUCAACACAGCUCCCUUCUUAGUGACCAGAAUGGUGGCUUACUGACUGGUCUACUGAUGUGGUACUCAGCAAGUGCCACUGUUGCCACAGUGACCAGCUUAUACCCCUUCCUGCCCUCUAGUGCACAAUUGGGUAUUGCCUCAGUUUCCUCCCAGCUCAUUUUAUUAGAUCAGAACUGCCCUUGGGCAAAAUGUCAGCCACCUCAGUCACCAGCCAAGACGGUUGCUUUGUUCACCAGAGGUCAAGUCACCUCUCUGGUGCUGUAGUUCCCAGCUCCUUCCUGAUUUUUCUAAUUGCUCCUUCCAGGGAACAGGAAGUUGAUAUUGCCAUGGGGGAGGUGGCGGGGUAUGGCCGUCACCUCAAUAGUUUUACUGUAAAAGGGAAAUUUGGACAACAAAAACCAAAAAAAAAAAGAAUAAA